GCUGCCGCGUCUAAGGAGGAGGGAUUGUCGCCGCUGACUGUUUUUAUCGGCGAGGAGGCCAUCAAGCGGGAGUUUGUGUUCCCCACGUACCGUGAUGCGUAUCUUUUCAUGGGCCGUUUCUGGGCCUUCUGCUACGGCAGCGACAAGUACCCGCACGUGACGUGGGAUGGCACCCGCAUCACGAUGUACCUCUACUCCCCGUCGUUUUGCGGGAUCAGCCGGCGCGAGGCCCGCCUCGCCGCCUUCCUGAACGACCAGUACAACAUGUUCAAGAAAAGCAGGCUGCAGUGGGAGCAGCUGAUGUGCGUCGCGGUGAAGCAGGCACGGGCGGAGGAGUUGAUGGGGGAUGUUGUGGCGGUGCAAUUGAGGCAACGGGAGGAGGGGCGACGGCGGCCGCUAGCGGAAGUCACGGAGGGGCGUGCGAAAAUGUGGGACGCGCUUCUUGACGACCCUGAGGGCAGCGGCGGGCAGAAUUCACUCUGA